AUGUCGGGCAAGCUGCUUCUGCAGUGCUUGCAACAAUCCCUGGAGAAACAGCAACUUCAGGACAAGAUUGCUAGCCUGGCUUCCCAGCUUGGUGUUGGGCCUGAUGGAGACAGCGCAGACCUCCUCGCUAAGAUCAACUCUCUGGUGACAGAAUCAGAGGGAAGGAGGCUACAGGCAGAGAAGAAGGCCAAGGCUUUCCAAGAUCGGUUCCUAGACUCGGCCACCGAAGUCCAGGUCUUGAAGAUGGAACUGGCAGAGGCCAGAAAGCAGAGAGAUGCUGCUUUAAAGAAUCUUCAAGACUUGACUUGGAAUCCAGUUGAGAGCUCUUCUCCUGUCACUGAACCACCUAUCCGAGGCUCUUGGUAUUGUGAAGGCAACCCUCAAUCACUGUCUUCAGCACCACCAGGCCUUGGGGUAGAACCCACCUCUACACCUAGCACAGCACCAUACACCCAGUCAACACCAGCCACAGCACCAUACAACCAGUCAACACCAGUCACAGCACCAUACAACCCUCCUACACCAGACACAGCACCAUACAACCCACCUACACCAGACACAGCACCAUACAACCCACCUACACCAGACACAGCACCAUACAACCCACCUACACCAGACACAGCACCAUACAACCCACCUACACCAGAAACUGCCCCCAUUGACACCAUACCACCACCCCUUGUACCACCAAGACCUAGCCCACAGGCAAGUGGUUCUGAAGCAGCAGUUGGUACCCCUCCAACAGUAUCACUAUCUGCUCAAGCCUCUGAAGUGGUUCACCAUCAUACACCAACCACAGCAUCACAAUCUACAUCAGUGAGCACAGGUGUUGGUAGAGCCACUGCUCCCUUGAGUAGUUCUGCUGCUGCUGCCCCUGUUCCGGCGUCUUCCUUUGUCCAAGGAAUGGGUGAUCUCAAGUCCUUUCACCAAGGAGGAGGGAACAUCUUCCUGGGCAGUGGUGCAAACGGAACCGUCCACCUCUACCGUCAUCAUGUGACCGACCAACCCAUCGCUUUGAAGACCUUCGAGCUCCCAAAUGACAUCGAUGGGAUGACUAAGAAGGUCAAGGUCAUCCAGUCAGAAGCUUUCAUCCUUGACGUACUCGGCAGGGAAGAGUGCUUCCCGACUUUCCUUGGAUGCUUAGAGAUCAGCCCAGGAACGAUUGGCCUUGCGAUGGAGUUCAUCGGGGACACGGCGACGGGAGAGACCUGGACACUCAGCCGUGGCAUGAGAGAGUUAGUACUGAGUCAACAAGAAUGGUUCAGUCUGGCUCUCGACAUUGCCAAGUCCCUUGGGAUCAUCCAUGAGAAAGGCUACCUCAUGAAUGACCUGAAGGAAGACAACUGUCUGCUUCGUAAGUCACCAUCCGGUCAAUGGCAGGCAGUUAUCGUGGACUUUGGGCUGGCUUGUUCCCGAACCGAACCCUUCUCUUACUCCUUUUCAACCGAGGAUAAGGAGAAAUAUCAAAGAAGGGAAAUUUAUGUCCACAUUGCCCCUGAGUGCGCCCUCGAUGAUCAUCCGAUCUCGGUCUCGAGUGAUGUUUUCCAGCUCGGUAGAUUGCUGACUAUGAUGGGAGAUUCAACAAACAAUGGGGAUCUCACUGCCAUCGGCAACAUAUGCCGUCAGAGCAGCCAUCUCUGUCGGCCAACCAUCGAUGAGGUUGUCGACGAGCUGGAACGGGUGAUGUAG